AUGUCGGUGAAGACGACGGUGCAGUCGUCACCGUACGCACAGACGCACGCGUCCGAUCGCGUGAUCAACUUUGGCAUCGGACAACCGUCAGCGUCUCUACUGCCCCCUCUGACCACGUUUCGUGAGGCGGCAAUGGCUCGAUUCACACUGAGUCAGGACCCUUUAAUGCUGCAGUAUGGAACUGCAAAAGGCUUUAUCGGCUUCCGAGCGGAGAUUGCGAAACUCGUGGCAGGCACCAGUUCAGCUGAAGAGGUGGACCCAGACACGUUGAUGGUGACUGCUGGCAAUUCCCAAGCCAUUUCACAUGCUGCCAUGGCGUUCUCCAAGACGAACAAGUGCGUGUUUGUGGAGACGCCAACCUACUUUUUGGCCCACGACAUUUUCCGUGAGCUCGGCCUUAAUGUGGAAGAAGUUCACACGGGGAAGGAUGGAAUUAAUCUAGACGUGCUGGAAGCAAAGCUGGCUGCAGGCCACGUCCCGGCGUUUCUGUAUACGAUUCCGUUCUUUCAGAACCCGACGGGAGCUGUCAUGUCUGCCGACCAUUGCAAGCGCCUUGUGGCACUUGCACAAAAGUUUGGGCUCCGUAUUAUUUCCGACGAGCCAUACAACCUGCUUCACCUGCAUGGUGGCGCGUUGCAACCUCUCGCGUCAUAUGACGACUCGGGUCUAGUCGUUUCGCUCGGAAGCUUCUCCAAAAUUCUUGCUCCAGGCCUUCGGCUAGGUUGGGCUCAAAGCAGCAAGAGGACCAUCAAAAAGUUGUCCACAAUCGGAGUGCUUCGCAGUGGCGGCGGUCAGAAUCCUGUCACCGCAUCGCUCGUUCACUCCAUAAUGGAGCAGGACCUAUUGAUGCCCCACAUCGAUCACGUGAGACGUGUCUUGAGAGCCCGCAAGGCCGCAAUGUGUGCUGCUUUACAUCAGCAUUGCCCGGACGUUGUAUUUACUGAGCCGUCUGGUGGAUACUUCAUCUGGCUGCAAUUCCCUGAAGGAGUGCAUACCGAUUUGCUGCUGAAGGAAGCCGAGGCUCGACAUGGUGUCGCCUUUACGCCCGGCACACGGUGCUCGCUGAAAACUGUGUCCAGUGAUGGAAAUGGUGAAGUGUUAGUCAACACAGCUAUGGCACGAUGUGCGCGCUUGUCGUUUGCUUUCUACAGCGAAGACGAGAUCCGCAUAGGUAUCCAACGGUUGCAAAGUGCGCUUGCUAGUUUGGAAUAG